AUCAAAUCCAGACCUACAGACCCUUCACGGGCUCCUGAUUGUCGCUAACUCCUCCCCUUCUAUCCAGCGCCACGUAACGAUGGCAGCGGGUAUAGGCGAAGCCAGCGCUAUCAUCGCCGUCGUCGAAAUAGGCCUUAGUCUCGCGAAUGCACUUAACACAUAUGUGGCGUCUGUCGCUGCCGCCCCCGACGACAUCUCCAACCUUUCAAGCGAGAUCGAUGCCACGCUCUCUCACUUACGUGGGCUAGAAUCGCUUAUCCAGAAGAACAAGGAGACUAGGGCGUGGGAUGAUGACGGCUUAGAGCUCGCUAAGAGGUGUAUUGCGGACUGUGAGAGGAUUGUGAACAAGUUGAGGAGCCUGUUGCGAAAGGCGAAUUGGAAAGAUAAGGAGGGAGUGGACAAGAAGGUGGUUGACCGGAGUGAGAUUGAUUUGAAUUUGCAAGGAUGAGUUGCAGGGCGUCAAGCUGAAUAUAAUUUUGGCGCAUAACUCGUAUAUGAUUGGGACUGUAUCGACUGAGACCGAGAAGAAAAAGUACCGUGAGGCGAUUCAGAGUUUAAGCCAAGCCAGAAAAUUGAAUACGAAGAGAGUCAAGAACGCUCGGGAGGGGCGCAGGAGACCAGACUUCUUUGAUGCUACUGGCAAAUUGACUCUGUCUGGAUACCCGCACAUGGAACAUGAGUUCAAAGUAGAGCUGCAAAAGGC